AUGGAAGGAAAAAUUCUGCCAGGCUUUGUUACAAGAAAACAGGAGAAACGACACCCCCGCCUCAAGAACUAUGUCUUACUAUCACUAUGGACACUCAUCACACUGGCUGUCCUCUACAGUCACAACAACAUAUACUCCAAAUGGACUGCUUGGCAAAGUCCAAAGCCCAUUAAAUACAGCGGCGAACACAUAACCUGGGAGCCAUGCGGAGACCUACAAGGCCGCCCACUCGAAUGCAGCAGCAUUGAAGUCCCAAUAGACCAAUUCGCCAAACCCCCCAACCCACCAACCAAGCCUAAAGGCUUCACAAUCCCACUCAUCCGCCUACGCGGCGAAAAUGCAACGCAAAACCUCCUCCUAAACCCCGGCGGCCCAGGAGGCAGUGGCUUCGAAUUCCUAUACCGCCGCGGCGAACAGCUCAAGACCAUAGUAGGCGAAGGCUUCCACCUACUAACCUUCGACCCCCGCGGCGUCAACAGCUCCACCCCCACAGCAUCCUGCUACCCAGACCCCAAGACGCGGCGAGAGCUAUCGAAUAUCCGACAACGCGAUGCCACCGACAUUCCUGAGAUUUACGCAUGGGCGCAAAACUUUGCGAAAGCAUGUCCAGAAACAAUGGGCGAGUACGCGGCGUACAUUAACACCCCGCAGACCGCAGCGGAUAUGAAUAGUAUCCUCGAUGCGGUUGGGCAGGAAGAUAUGAUAUAUUGGGGAUUCAGCUACGGGACGCUCCUGGGACAGACGUAUGCAACACUAUUCCCCGAACGAUCGAAGCGGGUGGUCAUUGACGGAGUCGUGAAUCAGUUUGAGUGGUACGAGAGCCAGUUUGAGUCCGAGUGGCUUGUGGAUGCAGAUACGGUGUUUGACGGGUUCCUUGAUGAAUGCGUGAAAGCAGGCGCGGAUAGCUGCACGCUCUCGUCGCUGGCAUCGUCGAAAGAAGAGCUGCGUGGUACGGUCUUUUCGUUUAUGGAGAAGCUUCGUGAUCAGCCUCUUGCUGUGUAUGUUAACAACACAGUCCAUGGCAUCCUCGACUACGACAAGAUCUGGUAUAAUGCUGUCUUCCCGGCGCUGUACAAGCCUGCGCUGUGGUAUUCCCUCGCGCAGAAUCUCUACGACCUGAUCCAAGGAAACGCAACAGACGCUUUCUUGGCCUACGGUACCGCAGAGGAACGAGAAGACGAGUCGAACGAGCUCAUCACUUUGAACGAUGGCCCCACGGGGCCAGAACAUUGGCCGCAGGAUAGAGAUUCGCUGUUUGCGCUGAUCACCCCGUCGCUCAACAUGAGUGCCUUCGGCACUAGCUACCUCGCAUCGUACUACCAGAAACAACAGUGGAACGUACCGAAAACGCAUUCGUAUGUACCGCGGCGUGGUGUUGAAACAGCACAUCCGCUGUUGAUUCUUUCGACGACCUAUGACCCUGUGUGUCCGCUCCUCUCGGCACGCUCGGCUCAUGAGGCUUUUGCCGGAUCGCAGAUUGUGGAAGUUGAAGGAUACGGCCAUUGUUCUGUAGCUGUGGCUUCGGUCUGCGCUGUGAAGCACCUGCGUGCGUUCUUGUAUAAGGGGCAGCUCCCCGAUGCCUAUACGAGGUGCAAGGUUGAUUCGUCUUAUUUCGUUAAGCCGGAGGAGAAUAGGCCGGUGACUGCUCAGACAUAUUUCGAGGAUCUGGGGGAUCAGAAGAUUCAUCUUGCGCAAUUGGAACUGAUGGGUGGGUUGAAUUUUGCUGGGCGAUCCAUGCGGUGA